AUGACCACCAGUGUCUUUCCUCAUUUGGUGCCGGACCGCUAUCGGGAGCUGAUGAGGGUGGCCAGACAAUGGCGAAAACUAAAGCUAUUAAAAUGGAAUGGUUUCGGACAUGAGAACAAAGAUACCAAACCCGGCGAUCUCGCUCUCUUCUGUCUGGCAUGCCCCCAGCCAGGAAUUAAUCUCUAUUCAAGAUCUCUGGUCAUGGAUGGCAACUUCAAAGCUGAGCACUUGCAUGCCGCAAAUCCCGAUGAUGAAGUAUACCUGAUGGAUGGCCGCGGCUUCAUGGAACAUCUUUCCAAGGCAAAGGACAAUGUUCAACGGUCUGAGUGCAACAACCACCACGCCCAACGGGGAUCGGCGGAUGUGUCCUGUGCAAGACAUGGCUGUUUUGUACCACAUGCAAUGGUGGAUGUUCAGAAGGGAGAAAGGUAUGCAUUUUGA